AUGCAGACAGUCCCCCUGUGUGAGAAAGAGAAGGCCCUGUUGGUUAAAGCCAGAGAGAGGACCAUGAGAUACUUGAAGGAGGAUCUGUCUUACUACCACGAGAAGGUCACCAAAGACCUGGGAUCCCUAGGCCAGACCCUGGACAGAGCUCUGGUGCUGAACCAGAACGAAGAGGAAGCUAAGCUGGAGGAGAGGAUUGAUUUUGAAAGGAUGGUUAGGAGGUUUGGGAAGGGGGAGAGAUUGAUGAAGCCAGCGCUAGAGGUUGCAGGAAGAAUAGACAGAAAAAGAUCAAGACACCCGAAUGUAAAGAAGGUAAUGAAUGGGAGAAGAGCCGGCCAACUAGUGAAGGUGGCAGAAGAGGAAGAGAGUAAAGGUGGUCAAAGUGCGAAGCCGGUGAAAAUUGACAAGGAACCAUUGCAGAGUUCAUGGACAAGAUCCAAAAUGUGUUCGAGGGUUUUGAGAAAGUCCAAGACAUCGACAUGUGUCACAUGAUCAGAAAGCAGAUUAAGCAAGACCAGAUGAUGUUGGAAGCUCCAGCAGGAGUUAGUAGUGGGCUCUUUCAGAAACUACUGGCGAGAGCGGGAGGAGAGCAUUGAACCCAUGCUAGACAGAGUGCAGAAAAUAGCCGCUGUGGAAGCUGAGGUAACACCACACACCACAGCAUGCUGUAGGUCAGCUGGUAUAAUGGCAGGAACAGGGAGGGAAGAAUAGCAUUCAGGUUUCUUUACAACUCACAUUGUGCACUAUAAUAGCCUUCAGUAUUGCCGCAGUAUUUUGGAUUGUGUUAACUCACGUUGGAGUCCUGUUAGGUUUUUAUAAAAAUGCAUUGUGCAUGUUAUGUUUAGCCCAGCCAGGUCACCCAUUAUACAAGUCAGUAUUCGAUGUCCAUCCAGGUCUGAGGAUGUCAGGAGAUGACGUGGAAACUGGCCACUAGGGGCAACAGUGAGCACUGUUACAUUGAAGUAGGUUUAGGUUUUGCUAGGGCGUUGUUCCCUUCCAGUAGGUUUAGGUUUUGCUAGGGCGUUGUUCCCUUCCAGUAGGUUUAGGUUUUGCUAGGGCGUUGUUCCCUUCCAGUAGGUUUAGGUUUUGCUAGGGCGUUGUUACCUUCCAGUAGGUUUAGGUUUUGCUAGGGCGUUGUUACCUUCCAGUAGGUUUAGGUUUUGCUAGGGCGUUGUGGACGGGAAUGGCAGAUAGGUGUAAGUAUCUGAUUCCAAAGGUUUCAAGUUUGAAUCCUGCGAUAGAAAUUAGUUUUUUAGAUUUUUGUUUUAAGCCUAUCCCAAACCUUACCCUUACAUUAACCAUUCAGAGUUAAUGCCUAACAUUAAGAAUUUGGAGUUAAUGCCUGAACAUAACCUUAAAGACUUCAAAAUGUGACAUUUGAGAAACAUGGACGAACGUCUAAUUCUAACGUGAGACUGUGAGAGCUGGUAGGUUUAGCCACAUGAUCUAACCCUGCACCUCUGUCUCGUCUCUCAUGCAGAAUGACUUCGCUACUCUUGAGUCAGUGGUAAGUUGUUUACUGGAUUCAUACAGUAUUUCUUCCAACAUAUAUUAAAUACUGAUUAAUUACUGCAGUUGAAAUGUUCUCCCAGUAUGUGAGACCUGUUAGGUUUUGAUACAUAUGUACUCCCACUGGACACACACUGGUUGAAUCACUGUUGUUUCCAUGUAAUUUCAAUAAAAUCAUGUUGAACCAACAUGGAGUAGACGUUGAAUUGACGUCUGUGCCCAGUGGGCUGUAUCUUGUCACUGUGAUCUUGUGAUUAAUAAUGUGAACUAAUCUUGUACCUCUAAUCUUCCCAUCAAGAGUCAGAACUACAGGUCACCUGCUCCAGUGACUAUGACCUCCUUGACCUCUGUCUCUCUGACCACUGCUCCACUGACCGCUACCCUCCAGACCACUGCCACUCCCCCCCUCUCCCUCCCCGUUCGCAUCCCUCCCUCUAGCCUCCAGACCACCGCUGCUCCACCCCUGCCUCUCCCCCAUCGCCUUCCCCCACUGAAGGUUCCACUGCCGACCCUGGCAUGGCCACAGACCAUCCAUCUGCCACCCAUCUCCACCCAGACUGAGGGAGGACUGACAGGCAACUCCGACAGGACUGGAACCCCUGUACUGGUAAGAAGACUGAUAAGAACCAGGCUCCCUCUCUCUCUGGCAGUCAGAUCCACACAUGGUGUCACAUAGAGGCAAGCUAGUGUAGAUCUGUAAGAUUAUAGCUGCGCUGGAAAGAUGUUUAAAUGCUGUAUUAUGUUUCUCAGACUCUGGACACUAAUGGAGAUAAGACAGGAGAAACCAAUGAGAUUGAUUAUGUUGAGGUAGAGGAGAUUAUCAUCCUGCCUGAUGAGAUUGAUUAUGAGGAGGUAGAGGAGAUUAUCAUCCUGCCUGAUAAGAUUGAUUAUGAGGAGGUAGAGGAGAUUAUCAUCCUGCCUGAUGAGAUUGAUUAUGAGGAGGUGGAGGAGAUUAUCAUCCUGCCUGAUGAGAUUGAUUAUGAGGAGGUAGAGGAGAUUAUCAUCCUGCCUGAUGAGGAAAGGUUCCAAGUGAAGCAAGAGGAGAAGGAAGAAGUGAAGGUAGAGGAGAAGAAGGAAUGCCGAAAGACCCUCAAGAAGAGGUGA